CCGUGGCCUCACGUGAUUGCUGCCUCAGCUGACAUUACCCCUCUCCAGGCUGAUCACGAUGGACAUCCUGAAAAGCAUCAUUGCAUCAUUACAGUAUCACUGCAUCGGUGGACUUUCAACGAUGGACCCUUUAAGCAUCACAGCUGGCGUCAUGGGAGUCGCUGUGCCGGCUUUACAAUGCGCCCAGCAUUUGCGGCAAACCAUUCAGGCCAUUCUCGAUGCGCCUACCGAGAUCGCAUCACUUGGAGAAGAGCUGCUGACCAUCGAGCAAGCCAUUAACUCUGUUCAGGAGGUAUCUGAUCAACAGUGGCAGACUCUGGGCGAAUCUGUAGUCUCCCAAUCCAAGACUGGAAUGAGCCUAUGCAGAAAGUCAUGCAGCAAGUUUCAAGCCGCCAUCGAACAUUGGACUCGACAUGGCGAGGAUGGAAAGCUAUCUUGGCGCGACCGAACGGCAAUCGGCCUCUUGAGACAGGAUCAAAUAAAAUCGACGUCGUCUCAGCUCCAAAACUGCAAAGGCACGCUUACUACAGUUGUCAGCAUUGCGACUUUCCAUAGCUCCCUUCAACAGGCGAACGCAAACGGAGAAAUGAUGAGAAUGGUGUCGACGAAGGAGACCGAGAUUGCGAAAGCAAUUUCGACCACAGAAAGGCAGCUAGACGAGGUGAAUGCUAGGCUGGAAAAGCUUUAUCUUGCGUUGUUAGAAAAAGUGGAGGAGGGUCCCGAUGAGAUAAGCGCCAAAAGCCAAGUUGAGGCAGAGAAAUUCGCGCUGAAGCAGUCUCUCGACCUACUCAAGGCUCUAAACGAAAACGUACAAUCCGCAUCCAAAAAUAUGAGGAAGGGCCAAGGUCAGGUCGUCAAUACGAUGAGCUUCGGUGACCAUAACAGAGGUGUCGCAACCGGAAUCAGUAAUGCUGCUAUAAACUUCUCUAUAGGCAAAAAUUGGGACGACUAGGCAAUUACUAGACACUUGAUGGUGAACACGGGUGUAGACAUAUCACUGGCCAACCGCAAGUGCCAAACGCAUGAAGAAUGAGUGAGUUUAUACCAAUGGACUUUUCUUCGAGAUAAGCCCUCCACGAAUAAAUCUGCAAAUCUAUAGCCAUAUUUCCAUCAGUUUUCAUCUUUUAAGGGAAGAAACACGAAACAGAAC